AUGUAUUAUCUAAAUUAAGAAGUAUUGCAUAGUAGAUAUUAAGAAUUUACGCAAUUCAAAAUACUUGACCAACUUGAUCCAAUCUAUCGAUCUCUUAAAGUAUUUACUCUUUUAUUUUUAAAGCUCUCUCUAGAGUCUAAAGAUAGAAAUACAUUCUUUUCAGAUAAAGUUUAAUAAUAACCAGAUUGUUUCUAGGUCAACCCUAUUUAUGGUUUCUCAUAAUAAGCUAAUGAAUUGUAUAGUACUUAUGGACAACCUACAUAACUCUGUUUCUAUAUGCAUCGAUAAAAACGAUAUCUUAUGAUUGGAACUUAACAUUCUGUAAUCAUUUGUAUUGAAGUUGUUAAUGGAAGAGUAGAAUCUAUUUAAGCUAUACUAAAUACUGGAGAAAGAUAGUCAAGAUAUGCUUCUGUCUUAGCUAUAUAAUGUUGGGAGAAAUAUAUGUUGGUUGGAUUUGAGAGAGGAGACAUUUAAUUAUAUGAAGUUGGUCGUAAAUGGGAACGUUUGCAUCAUGAAUCUAAAUUACAUUCUGGAAAAGUUGUAUCAGUCCUCUUCAUUCCAUCAUCUACUAUUGAAGCACUCUCACUUGAUGAACAUGGAAUCAUUUAUAAACAUUCAUUUACUGUCAUGACUGUCAUGGAUAAAUAUAUUGUUACACAUUCUAAAGAUAAAAUAUAUAAAAAUGGAAAAAUCUAUCAUAUCAAACGCAAUUCAUAAUAACCGAAACCAAAAUAAUCCUCUUGGUGGAAUAAUGCUAAAAGUAUAUUUAAAAAAGAAGAAGAACUUAGUGAACAUAAUACAACAGCUGAUCCAUCUCUUAAACAAUCUAGUGAUACUGAUACUUAAUUUAUUAAGUUUGCUCUUGAUAUUAAAUUAAUGCCUGAAACUAUCGCUUAAUCACUUAAUCAAAAUAUUUAAUCUGUUGCCAUUGCUGCAUUACUCUAUUCUAAUCGUGUUGAAAUUAUUAAAUUCUAUAAAGGUAUUUUCAAUCAUCUAUAUCUUUAGGUUCUUUGAAAUGUGAAAUUGUUUAUACACUCAAAAGAAACACUUUCUCUAUUGAAAUCCCUUAAAAUGAAAACAAUACUGAAAAUGGAGAACUAUCUUGGGGAGAAGGAUAUUUUCAAAAAUCCUUUCAAAAUGCCAAAUUAUUAUGCAUUAGAUGGGGAGAUAUUUUUCAUUUAGUUAAAUGUAUGAAUAUUGAAGAUCAAUUAGAAAUUGUUGAAGGGUAUUUAUAGAACUAUAUAUUUUAUUUAGUGCUGUUUAUAAAAUGGAGAAAACUAAAGGUAAUAUCUUGAAAAGUUCCUUUUUAACAAAUAAUAUAAUUUAUACAUUUUCAGAUUCGAAUUGGGUUGCAUUAAUUCAUACAACUUAAUUUUAAUUUGUUAAACAAGAUGACGGAAUUGACAUUUACGAACCAAGAAUUAAAAUGUUGUCUAAAGAAGAAGUAGAACCUUAAAUGGCUGAAAUAAGUGUUUCAUAUGAAGGUCCUAGUAAACCUUGUUAAGUACAGAUAUAUGAAAAUGGUAUUGUUUCAUUGAGAAAAAAUAACAUUCUUAUAGAAAGACUUUAAACUUGGAAUGAAUAUUUAGAUGAUCUAAUUGAGAAGAAUCAAUGGGAGAAAGCUAUGCAUUAAGGAAUGCUUAUCUAUCAAGGAUAAAUAAAAAUACUUAGUGAAAUAGCCUCAUCUUUAUCAGCACGUCAAGAAUAAAUGAGUCAAAUGUUCCAGAAGAUAGCUUUUACCCAUAUAAUGUUUGCUUUAAAACCUUUAGAUAUUCCACUAUCUUAAUAAGAAAAAGAACAUAAUAUAAAAAAAACAAUAGAAUUUUUACUAAAGGUUGAUAAUAUGAGUUAUGCUUUGGUAGUACUAAAAGAUUUCUUUAAAGAUAUUUAAUAAAUGAAAUUAUAUUUUACUUGUUUGGAUCCCUUCAUAAAAAACAAAUAAAUAUCUGUAAUUCCUGAAUCGUUCUUUAUUGAUUAUGUUAGCUUUUAUCAAAAUGAAAAGGAAAUGAUCUAAUAAUUGAUACUACAAUUAGACUUACAUUAAUAGGAACCCACUCUUUUAAUAAAAGUUUGUAUGGAUUAUCAUUUGUAUAAGGCAAUGAUAUACUUAUGUACAAAAUAGGGAGAUUUCAUAACAGGUUUAAUUAAAUUAAUGGAUUUAUGGGAAAAUAAAUGUUAAUUGGAAUAAAAAGAGCAUUUAAAUAUUGAAAAAGAGAAAUUACGUUAAUUCAGAAUUAAAUUAGGAUAUAAUAUUUUGGCAUAUGUUCGUAUGUGUGUAAAAGGAAUCAAUAUUUUGGGAGAACGAGUACCUCAUAAUAUUUAUUUUGAUAUGUUAAGAGGAUUAGUUUCUUUCAUUUUUAAUACUGAAAAUCUAAAACAGUUUAUAUUAAUAGACAUUCGUCUUUCCCUUUAAUUACUCAUGUAAUUUAUGCAAAGUCAUGUUUAUACCAAUAUUAAAUCAGCAACAUUACCAGCUGCUAAAUUUAAUAUAAUUGAUAAUGUUCCAGAAAUUCUAAAAUUGAUGCUUAGUGGUAUUGAAAGCACAAGAGAAGAAAUUAAGACUAAAGAAAACUAUUAAAUUGUUUUUGAUGAAAAAAAAUAGUAAUACCAUUAAAUAUCAUAAACUGAAUAACUCAAUUAUUUUCUGCUUUUAUAUUCUCAAUUGCUAAUGCAAUUUCCAACAUAAUUAAAUAAAGAAUUUAAAGAGAGAUUAUUUUAAGAUCUUCUAUCUCCAUCAUAUUUUGAAACCUUAAAAUUAUAUAAUUUUAAUCAUUAAGAAAAAGAUCCUAUUUAUUUAGAGUCUUACGAGGUCAAUAAGAAUGCAUAUUUGAUUCACAUAUUUGAUACUAGCCAAUUAAAUUAUACAACAUCUGUUUUUAAUGAAAGUAUUAAUUAUCCUGAAUUUAAUGCUUUUCUUGUAUUUAAAUAAUAAAAUUAUUUUAACUGCAUUUCUAAUUAUUUUCAGAUGUAAAAUAGCAUUAUGAAAAGAAAUGUAUUUGAAGUAAUAGAAAGACUUUUAAUUCAUAGUGAAGAGAAAUUUUUAUUAAAUUUAUAAGAGUUUAUAAUAGAAAACUGUGAUAUUCUUAUGACAAUUAGUUAAUAAUAUACAAAUAGAAUUUUUAAAGAAUAUUUUCAUGAUCUCAAAUUAUAAAUGCGAAUCAUUUAGAAAUUAGAAAAAACCCCAUAAAACUAAUUACAUUAUCUUAAAUAAUACAUCAAAAAUGAAAAGGCAUCUGAUUCUAUUAGAUUACUUUAUCUUGAACUUUUAUGCUAAAGAGCUCCAAAAGAAGUCUUAAAAGAUGUUUAGAAUGGAGACUUUCCUUUAGAUGAUGCAUUGGCUAUUUGUGAAAAGUAUAAAGUUUAUAAUGCAGCAGCUUAUUUACUUUAAAAAAAUGGAGCAAUAUAGAAGGCUCUUGAUAUGUUGACAUUACUCUUUAUCAAUAGAUUGAAAGAAUGUCAUAAAUUAUUUGCUAGAUCUAAAACAAUUUCAGAAGCUGAUUCAGAAGAUAUUUUCGAAAAAUUAAAUUAUAUAAUUGAUCUCUGUUCAAAAAUAGAAGAUGAUGGAUAUUGGUUUUAAUUUUUAGAUUCAUUCUUCAAAUAACAUAAAUUAGAAUAACUCACUGAUCUAAAAGUUCCAGAAUUUUUAAGAAAAUUACAUGGAGAAAUUGUUUCAGAAGUAUUUCUAGCCAUGUCAAAGUGUAUAGAAUUAGAGAAACUUCUAAAUGUAAAUUUAUCUUUUAAAUUUUUAGAAAAUGAAUCAGCAUUAUGGUUCUAUUCCUCUAAGAGUAUUUCUUAAAACUAAUAAAUCUAUAUAAGAAAAGUUUGCUUUUGAAUUGCCAUCUUGCAAUAUUGCUAUGGAAUAGACAGAUUUUACUUACAAAACCUUAAAUAAAAAGUUAUUCUAAUAAAUGAAUCAAGGAGUUUGCGUUGAUCGUUUUUGUAGUGAAUGCAAUGAUCGUAUCACCAAAUGUACUAAAGCUGUAGCAUUUUAAUGUGGACAUAGUUAUCACUAAGAAUGCUAUAUUGAACUUCAUGGCAAUAAUUAAAAGAGUUUUAAUAGUUUGAAAUUGAAAAAUUAAAAAGUAUUCUAGGAAUGCUUUAUUUGUUUAGAAAAUAAUGAAAAAUACAGUAUUUAUUUAUUUACAAUUAUUUAUAGUUGCCCAUCUUAUUAUUUAGGCAAGUCUUAAAAAAUUGAAAUUUGAUUUUGAUAAAUAUAUACAUAGAUAAGCUAAUGUUGUACCGGAAUCAAAAUAAAUUGUUGUGCAAUAUGACAAGAUAGUGAGAAGGGAAAAGGCUAUUAAAAAAUUGAAAUAAGAUGACUUUAACAAAUUGUAUAUAAGAGAGGUAAACUUUCAGUUUAUUUAAUAGACUUCAUUAAAUUGGAAAAAUUAAUGA